AUGGCAUCGACAAGUACAUCGCAAGGGGACAGUCACUUCUCCUUUGCAAAGAUCGCUGCUAUGCCCGCACCUAGUAAUCCACAAUCACCCUCGUUAUCCGAUGUGAGCCACGAUGCUCUACCGGGACACUCACCAAACUAUUCGGAAUCACUUGAUGCUGGUGCACCGUUGCCAGAAACCCAUUCAUUAAACACAAUCGAACCGGAAGGCUCUCCAGGUGAUCAUAUAGUUGAUGGCCUUGGGAGAGCAGUGCGAGAUAUCGACAUCGGCCUGCGGAAAGACCGCAACGACUCAACUUCCUCGCUUUAUGGCCAUGAAAGUGGUAUUCUCAAACGAGACAACUUCUUUGAUGAUGAUCGCACCCAUCUCUCUAGCUCAUCAACAAAAAUGACCAACUUCGACUCAAAGAGUCUCGCUUCAGUAACUACUUUUGCAAUGGACGAGAAAGACUCUGUACGACCCGACGAUAGUGCCAGUGUUCAAGCCAUUGACGAAGAGGAGUCCCUUUCAGGCCCUGCAUCUGGUGCACCGAAUUCGGUCACAGGCUCUGAGGCUGGGGCUCGAGCUUUUCGAGACCAUUUCCGAGACGUAAAUGCCCAGCGGCCUCGAGGGAUUCUUCCUGUACCCGACCCCAUUUCUAGUGGAGGCAACCAGCGGGGUUUAGUUGCUAUACCCCCGGACUCCGUAUCCAACAACUUUGUGGUCCCUGCCGACCCUGGCGGUUUGCAAGACGAUCAAUUACUUCAUGGGUUUCCGCUUGAUCCAGACGAAAAAUUAUUGGAGGCAAUGAAAUCGCCCAAAGACCGGCUUCUGAUUCUUCAGUUGGAGGAAAAGAUACGUUCUUUUAUUAAAGACGAUAGUGAGCAAUCACUGGAGUUGCCACCAUCAAAUGCAUUUGGACGACUUCUUGCACAUAAAUUGGGUGACUACUACCAUCUUACGCACUUUGUUGAUAACAACGUCACGUCAGUCCGUCUUCAUCGGACGCCUUUCUGCAGACUCCCUACACCUUUGUCUGAAUUACAUGCCGCCAGCAAUACUACCCCACCGCCAACUGUUCCAGCGAUGAAGAUCAUGCGCCGAAACGAUGUGGGACGGCCUUCUACCGAGGGUAGUAUAGCAACAAGCUCGUCUGUUCCAUCCAAAGCUCCUUCGGAGGCUGGCGAUGGCCAAGAUUCGGGAUCUUCGGGUGGAACGCCAGCCAAGGACCGUCUAACGUUGACAAGAGAAGAACGAGAAGCCAAAUAUAACCAGGCUCGUGAGCGUAUUUUCCGCGAUUUUCCCGACAGUGCAAAAUCAGAACCAGCUAGUGGCGAUUCAAAUCCUGAUAUGUCACGUUCCAGCUCCACGACCGGACGCAAGAAAAACCAAAAACAGCGAACUGCUCACGAUGAUGGCUUUGAGGCCCGGUCUCAAUUUAAUGCUUACUACCCCGGAGCACCGUACAGCAAUGGUUCAGCCCAGUUUGCCGGUGGUAAUGGAACUGUGGGCGAUGGAUCCUACAACGGCCAGGUACCGUAUUUGGUUGGACCAGGUGUUCCUCCGCCCACAAAUGGCUACGUCCCUUCUGGUGGAAACAACGGGAUGUACAAUGGAGGAAACAUGAAUAUGAACAACAUGCCACAAUACCCAUUGGCUAUGUCGCCACAGAUGCCCACAAAUGGUUCGUGGCAGGGAGGAAACAUUCCCCAGCAAUCGCCCUACUCUGGAUAUGCAUCGAUGAACCAGAAUGGAAUGAUAAGCCAGCAAUCAUCAACCAAGUCGUCUCCUUCCAUGAACAAUUUUGCCGUCCCCCAGCCUGGCCCGUAUCAGCAAAAUCCUAAUUGGAAUCAGCAAAAUUAUCCGGCAAAUUACCAGCGCAAUCAACAUCCCGUCCAUUGGCCCAACUAUCCUUCUUCUCAGACCAUGUCCUCCAAUAUGGCCUCUUAUCCAUACGCUCAAUACCCCGGGCAACAUCUGAGUUCUACACUCCAAAAUCCCAAUGGGUCAGCCAUGGCAGGAAAUAUGGCUAGAUCACACUUCAAUCCCCAGACACGCUCAUUUGUCCCAGGUGCACUACCGCCAUCACGUCAUCCAAUGCAGGGUGUGCAACAUCAACUCCCUCCGUAUGCCAAUAUGGUCCCUGGUGUCCAAAGCCAAUGGCCUGGCUACGCGGAUCCUACCAGCAACCGGAACUUGGAACACAACACUCCGCCCCGAAUCCCAAACUCCAACUCCCGCGAUUCAAUCGCGAAAUGGGGCACGCCUUCCCACCUCCCACCUAAACCUCCACCAUCUGAAGUGCCUUCCGAAUUUGAUCUCAAGCACCGUGCAGGAACGACCACGAUGCCAGCCACCUCACCUUAUACCAGCGGUGUUGUCGGUACCAAGAACGGCCCGCUUGUAGUUUCUGGAGGCAACGCCGCGUCUAAAACAAACUAA